GGAAGUUGACUCAGUACACCCACGGUAGCCGCACAGACGCAGAGUCCACUCGGACGACUGACAAACCAACUCGAACCUCUCCUCUCUGGAGGUGGGACGUCACGAGGUGUGUUGGUCCAGCGAAACCUUACAUCACGUUGGACCGCGAGCACGCGCCGCGUCUGUCACAGCAAGGCAGGGAGGGGGCGAGUUGCUUCAACAGGGAAGUCGGAACCAAGUAAAUUCGUCAUAAAUCUCAAUUUAAAGUGGAUUAGGUUUACACCUACAGCAGUGGGAAGAGACGGAAAAAAAACGGAACCGGACAGUUGUGCAACUGUUAUACGAACGCCCAGCUUGACCAUGGCCCAGUGGAAUCGCAUCAGCCAGCUGAUACAGUACCUGCCUGACCAGACUAUGAACGACUUAUACCCCUCAGCCACAUUUGCUAUUGAAGUGCGAUACUUUUUAUCUGAAUGGAUUGAGAAGCAAAGAUGGGAGGAGUUUGCUCUGGAGAAAGUGGAGCAAGAAGCAAAUGCCCGCGCUCUAUUGGACGAGAUCAUCAUGCUGCUGCAGUCGUUUUCUCAGCACAAUGCUAAUGUGGUGGAUAAAAUGAAGCUGAUGCAGAUCAGCAGGAACAUGCGCAUGUUUCAGCAUCAGCCACUGCAGUUUGCAGUGAUGGUGAGGGACACACUGCGCAAAGAGAGGGUCCUGCUCACCACUAUGCCACAGGUAAACCAACCUCCACAGCAUCAUCCGCAUGUCACCAGGGAAUCUGCAUUUCCCAGCACAGAUGUGGACCACCUGGUUCUCAAAGUGCUGGAAGUCCAGGACUUGCGACAGAAUAUACACCAGGUGCAGGAAGAGCUCAAUUGGGAAAGGCAGAAUUAUGAGUCUUUGCAAGGGUCCAUGAAUCCCACGGUGUCAGAAGUCAGCAGGCUGCAAAAACACAUCCAACAGCUGGAGUACAAUGCCAGCUCAAUGGCAACGAAGCGUUUUCAGUUGCUCAGUGAGUGUGUGGACUGUCUGGACCAGUGUCAGGCCCAACUCCUUAACAGACUGAAGGCCUGGAGGUGGGAGCAGUACAAGGCAACCAUUGGACAUCCUUUUGAUGACAACCUCAAUGUCCUGCAGAUGUGGUGUGAGCAGCUUCUUGGGGUGAAUGGACAGCUGAGACAGGAGUUAAUGCUGCUCAUGGAACCAAUCCCAGAGUUACAGGAAAGGCUAAGACAACUUCUGCAGCUUCUCGUUCAAAGCUCUCUUGUGGUGGACAAGCAGCCGCCUCAAGUUAUUAAGACACAGUCCAAGUUCUCCACGACUGUGCGUUACCUGCUGGGUGAGAAAGUAGCACCCGGGAAGCCUGUGGUGCUAAAGGCACAAAUCAUUAAUGAACUCCAGGCCAGAAGCCUAAACAUCACCCCCAGCGAUGAUGUUCAGGCAGUGAUCAAUAACACAGCCAUCCUGGAACAUAACACAGCUACCAAGAGCACAUGUGCCACCUUCAGGAAUAUGUCCAUCAAAAAGAUCAAGAGAGCAGACCGAAAGGGGACUGAGUCCGUGACUGAGGAAAAGUUUGCCCUCCUUUUUUCAACAGAGAUCACCAUCACGGGCUGUGACACUCCCUAUAAAGUCCAGAUGAUCUCGUUACCACUCGUCGUCAUUGUCCACGGCAGUCAAGACAACAAUGCACUGGCGACCAUCAUUUGGGAUUGUGCUUUUUCCGAGCCAGACAGAGUGCCAUUUGUGGUGCCGGAGCGUGUGCCCUGGAAGCUCAUGUGCAACACUCUCAACAGUAAAUUCACCUCGGAGGUCCAGACGCAUCACAACCUCGACCAGUACAAUCAACACUUCCUGGCCCAGAAGAUAUUUGACAAACCAGACUUCACCGAUGACUUCAGCAACAUGAUGGUUUCCUGGGCUCAGUUCAAUAAGGAAGUGCUCCCUGGUCGACUGUUUACGUUCUGGCAGUGGUUUGAGGGAGUGAUGGACCUGACCAAAAAACACCUCAGGACAUACUGGAGUGAUGGGCUCAUAUUUGGUUUCAUUGGCAAGCAACAUCUACACCUGAUUCUCAAAGAGAGGCCCAACGGAACUUUUUUGCUGCGCUUUAGCGACUCUGAGAUCGGCGGCAUCACCAUAGCUUACGUGGCUGCAUCAGAGAUGGGUGAACACAAACAAAUCAUCAAGAACAUCCAGCCCUUCACCAAGAAAGAUCUGGACAUCCGGAGCCUCGGUGACCGCAUCAGAGACAUCAAUGAAAUCACAUCCCUCUACCCUGACUUUCCAAAACAUGACGUUUUCAAAAAGUACUAUUCAGAGCCCCAAACGUCCACCAGCGCUGGCUACCUCCCGGUGACACUCCAGACUAAAGUGGGCAUGGACACCGGGUCAGUUGCAGCUAAUAGCGCCUGUGAGGCGCAUCGGACUGACAGCCUCCACAAUGCUGCCAGUUAUCCAGUGGAUGCUGGCUCAGUUGCCCCGUGUGUCCCAAAUUUGACGCAUCACGCCGAAAGCUCCCACAAUUCUGUUGGGUACCCCCUGCCUCAAUUCCAGCAGUUCACACCUCAAGAAGCCAUCACAAGAGAGCAAAUGGAAACCUCCAAUUCGUCUGCAGUCAAUUUUAGUCCAGACCCAGCUGUCUUCAGUGACGUGACCACAGGAGACAUGGAACUUGUCUUGAACAGUUUUCAUGAAGAGCUAGCCCCUGGGACUCCAACUGCCUCGUCUUCCCUUUGGGCCACAUUCAGAAUGUGACAGGAAACAAUACAAGCACUGACACCACAUCCAUUUCCCGAGCACAUCCAUCGU